CAUGGGUCUCCUACUCUAGAAAUAACAAACAUUUCUGAAAUAAUUUUCAGACCACUGGAGUUUAAUUGUUUAUAAGGAAGUAAUAAAAGAGAAUGGAAAUAAGCGUUUCAGAUCACUGAUGAGUAAUCCUCCUUAAGCUCUACGAGCCUAAUUGCUUAUCACUGAAAUUGCAACGAAUUUGCGUAAGUGAAAAAUAAAUCAGCUUUCUUUAAAACCCAAGUUCCACCAGAGUCAUUAAGAAUUUCAACGCGUGAUGGCACACGUUGGAAAUUCAUAGUUCCCCCAGCUCUCGUUCAUUAAAUCACAAUUGGCUCUCAUAGGGGUGGUACGCGUCUGGUCUGGGAGGAGUAUAACAUUCAGAACGGUUCACCGCUUGCAAACCUAUCUAUUAUAAUAAAUUAUUGAGAGAUCAAAAAGUUCUUCUAAAAACAAGAAAAUGCACUCUAACAAAAAAUCUGAAGAAAGUCAAAGCUAAAUUGAAAUUAGUUACAAAUAUUGACUGAGUUUUUUACUCAACAACUUUAUAUGCCUUUAAUGUCUAAGACGCUAAAAAUUAAUUAACAGUAGCAGUAACGGUAACGGUAAGCCGGUGUGUUCAGUUUUGUCUUUAAUUUAGCACCGUUUGAUCGCGUUUGCUCGGCAGUGGGUCCAUAGUACUCCAUCGUGUUCUGGUUAAAUUGGAUUUGAAAUUCAUUGAUCACUGCAACGUAAUAAGUGUCAAGAGAAUAAUCAGCUCUCACGUGUACGCUACACAAGUGCUGUUCCCUAGUAUUUGCCUAUACGUUUGUAACAGAUAGGAGAGGACACUAGGGGAGUAAUGAUUAGGCGACUGUCAGUUACAUCGGAGUUCCGUGUGAUCAUCGUACGUUGCCUGUUCUGUUCGACUACUGCUGCAAAGAUCCUCAGUCAUUGACCUAGUCAUGCCCCGCUCUAUGAUGAUGUUAGUGUUGUUGCUCAUUCUGUUAUUAAAUAGCCAGGAGAUUCUUGGACGUAGAGGACGUACCAGAGGUAAAACUAGAUCGCGUCUCCAAAUAGGAUUGCCUAUAACUGGAAAAUACCGUGAUCCAGAGAGCGAUCAAUAUUACAAUAAUAAUAAUGGUGCUAAAAUACUGUUGGCGUCGCACUUUGAUCUAGAGUACGUUCUGGGUCAUAAGAUUGCCUUCCUCUGUGUUGCACGUGGUAAUCCACGCCCACACAUUACAUGGUUCAAGGAUGGAGCCGAGAUUUACAGCCAUCUCUACCUACAUGUACACGAAUGGCAAGUUGGACCGGAUAAGGUGAAAUCAAAACUAGAGAUUGAUCCUGCAACUCAAAUGGACGCUGGAGUGUACGAGUGCUCGGCUGAUAAUAUGUACAGCAUCGACCGCAGAUCCUUCAAGACUGAUUUUUCUAUUGCUUUCGAUUAAGUUUGACGCUUCUCUCAGCGACUAGCGCGAGUAAUUAUAGUUUGAAACCGAAAUGGAAUCCUUAGAAUAUGUAUAAUACAUAUUACAUUACAUGUUAUAAAUAUAUGUAGAAUUAUUAUAUGUUACGUUAGAAAAUAAAUGCACUUUACAGAGAAAAGGAGAA